CUUGAUGCCCCCAUAACUAGAGCAGAGGUGCGGGCGGAACUAAAUCGUCUCAAGACAAAUUCUGCAGCUGGUCCCGAUCGAGUCACCAAUCGCAUGCUCCGAAACCUGGACGAUUCUUCUAUCCAAGCCCUCACGGACUAUAUGCAGCAAUGUUGGGAGCAAGGCACCAUUCCCCAGAGCUGGAAACUUGCCAACCUCAUUCUGAUUCCCAAACCGGGAAAGAGCCCCACGCUUGCCAAUUUGCGUCCCAUCUCCCUCACAUCUUGUGUGGGCAAACUGAUGGAACAUGUUGUCCAGACCCGUCUUAUCCGCUACUUGGAGGAUCAUCAUCUACUUCCCGAUACCAUGUUCGGCUUCCGCCCACACCUGGCGGCGCCGGAUAUUAUGCUCCUACUCAAACACCAGGUGCUCUACAACCGCACUCUAGACACCCAAGUCAUUGUUGGUCUUGAUGUUUCCAAAGCCUUUGAUAAUGUACAUCACACCGCCAUCCUGCAGAAUUUACAGGCUUUGGGAGUGGGGAACAGGACGUAUACAUAUGUGAGGGAUUUCCUUACCAAUCGCCAAGUGCAACUUGACACCGGCGAAGGAGAGCUUUCCACCAUCACGCCCGGCAGUCGUGGAACACCUCAAGGCUCCGUGCUAUCCCCACUCCUCUUCAAUGUUGCACUGUUAGGACUUCCCGAACUUCUGGCUGACAUCCCAAAUCUGCAUCACACACUCUAUGCAGAUGACCUCACGCUGUGGGUUACACGAGGUAGCGACGGCCAAAUCGAAGAAACCCUACAAACAGCCAUCGACCGCGUGGGCAGCUAUCUCUCUACGGUUGGCCUGUCCUGCUCGGCAACCAAAUCCGAGUACAUUGUUAUUCCAUCACAGGGACGCAAACCUAAACAGGUCUCUUUCCAUCUCCAAGUACAGGGGAUGCAAAUCCCUCAAACAGAUCACAUCCGCAUCCUAGGACUGCACCUACAGGCCAAUGGUGGCAACUCCACCGCUCUUCAGCGAAUCGACCAAUCUGCCAUCCAAAUUGGUCGCCUUCUCAAGCGGGUUGCCAACAAGCACGCAGGCAUGCGCGAAUCCAACCUUCUUCGGCUGGUUCAGGCAUUUGUCUGCACACGCGUCACCUACGUGGCCCCCUACCUCCGCCUUACGCGCGCUGAUCUCGAUCGCCUCGAUGCUUCGCUUCGCAAGGCAUACAAGACCGCCUUAGGACUCCCAAUGUCCACUUCUACCUCCAAACUUAUGGCCCUUGGGGUGUCGAACACGGUUAACGAGCUUAUCGAAGCUACCCUCACGUCCCAGUACCAGCGACUCUCACUCACGCAUGCGGGACGCGCUGUAUUGCACCAAAUUGGACUCAUCCCCACGCGGGCGGCCACCACUUACCAAGACAUAGCGACAGCUCAACGACUCAGCCUCUGUAUUCCUCCACUCCCCAAACACAUGCACCCCGAACAUCACGCGGAUCGCAGGGCCGACCGUGCGCGCCAACUACAGAAACGUUUCGCAAGUCGCCCCGAUGUCACCUACACAGACGCCUCUCGGCACCCACAUCGUUCAACAAUGGUGGCUGUCGCCCUGGCCCCACACCGCGGUUGGAGCACGGCAUGCAGUGUAAUUCACUCCACCGAUAUAACAGUUGCUGAAGAGGUUGCCAUUGCUUUGGCAAUGACCGACCGUACAACCAAGGUGAUCGUAAGCGAUUCCCAACUCGCCAUCCGAAAUUUUGACGCGGGCCGUAUCUCUACACAGGCAUACUCAAUCAUAAAGGACCACACCCCACCUACCUCACCUCGCCUUCUUAUCUGGGCCCCGGCCCAUGAAUCUCUUAGUGGAAAUGUGCAGGCACACACUCUCGCCCGAGAUCUCAACUACCGGGUGGAGUUCCUUACGCCUCACACUUCCCAUUCUUCGCCCUCGCAGGCCUGCGAAAAACAAACUCCUUUGUUUACUUACACAGACAUUUUACAGCACUACAGACUAGGCCGUCUCCACUACCCUCCAGCUCAUAAAGACCUCCCCCGACGUGAUGCCGUCCUGUGGCGCAAGCUUCAGACGGGUGUCUUUCCCAACCCCUGGCUUUAUAGCAAGGUAUACCCACACCUCGUGACACCACACUGCAGAUACUGCUCACAGUCAGCCACCCUCAUACACAUGGCGUGGACGUGCCCACAGUACGCUGACGCUUCACACACAGAAGAUACGUGGGAGUCCCUUCUGCGUACCACCGACUCGGCACAGCAACGCCGGGUAAUCUCACGCGCAUUGGAGGCCGCGGCGUCUCAAGGCAUUCCCGCUGACCUCCUCUAAGCAGCGUAACCGAUCUCUGGGUCGGUCCCCUCUUUUGGGUGAAAUAAAGUUUUGAUCAUCAUCAU